AUGCGCAUUUUUGCCUGGUCUGACCUGCAUCUUGAAAGCAAAGUCAAUUUUGAGCUUGUCAAGCAAUUUUGCCAGCUGAACAGGAAGCGCACCGACUCUGCAGAAGCUUCCCUCUCCACAAGCCAUGGAAGUUCAUACACUUCGGGAAGCGAAAAUAAUUGUCCAGGCACCUCCAAAGCCGAUGCUGCUGCUGCGGAGCAACCAACUUGGCCUCCUCUGGCAGGAUCGUUGGUGGGAAACAUCGAACAUCUUUGGGAAGUAGUCACUGGGGCCACGGCUCCAUUAAAAGAAGAUUUCACAAAGGAUGUUCUUAUUUUAGCUGGCGAUGUGCAUCAUGAGUUGGAAGGCCUCAAAGACUCACUGGAGCUCUUCUGCUCAGUCUUUGGGCACGUGACAUUCGUGCCAGGGAAUCACGAGCUGUGGGUAACCCACAAGGAUAGAGACAUGGGGAUUGGCGACAGUCUACAGAAGUUCGACAGCAUCUUGCGGCUUUGCGAAUCUCUGGGGAUCCACACCAAGCCUUUUUCCCCUUCCAAGGGGGUACGACUGGUGCCUUUGUUUUCCUGGUACGACGAACUCGAUCCUCAUUUUCGUCGAGCAGCCCUGAUUGCGCGCACGCCUCUCAGCUCAGCUCCAGGACAGGUCAAGCGCUAUCCGCGUGCCUCGAAUCAAGGAGGCACUUCACGCGAGGGCAGCAGGGCGCAUAGCUCAAAGCUUCUGCUCUCACUAGCAGAAAACUGGAUGGACUACAGCGCAUGCAGUUGGCCGCAUCCCCUCAGCAACAAUGACCCAAAGUCUGGCAGCCGGCAGUGCAUGGAGGGCAAUACUAACGAAAGGCACGACCCCGAAGCGGUUUUGUCCAAACGGUUCACCGGAAUGUGUCUUGGAAAAAGUAGACGAUACCAGUGCAGGACUGAAAAUCUGCAUCGUGCCUCUACUGCUUCUGUUACUGUCGCACUUCCCCACCCAGACGCUGGUCUCAAGGAGACAGCGCUCCUCUGUGGGUCCAGAUGGGCAAAGAAUGCCUCGUCUAAAUCUCCCCACCAAAAGGUGCCGGUCGAAAAGGCAAGGGAGGCGGCUUGUAAGACACUGGACAGUUGCGCUCCACGGCGGUUUACAGACGCAUGGGGAAUGCCUCUGAGUCUGGCAGAGUUUUUCGCAGCCGAAAAUGAGCGCCGAGAUUGUUUUGUGCGCAACACUCAGAAACACACCAUGGAUGCCACACGUUCGGGACGGACUUUUCCAAACGUUGCGAGAAAGCCGCCCUUCCCAGAUCUGCAUGACGCGACGGCGGCUGUUGAUUUUACCGCCGAGGCACAGGUGGGUCAGAAAGUUUCUUCGGAAAGCGCCAAGAGUUUGCAUGCAGUUAAUUCUGAAAUGGAAGCCAGCAGUUCCCCAGAAAAACUCCGCAUGCAUGAAUAUUCAUGUUGCGAUGACCAACCAGUUGUUAUUACUUUUUCUCACUUUCUGCCUCGUGCUGAACUGGCGACUCUCUAUCCAUUGAAACCCAGUGCACUCGCAUAUGUGAUGGGGUCAAGCCGCAUUGACGAGCAGCUGAGACAGGCGGACGGCUCGCUUCAUGUCUUUGGGCAUUCGCACGUCAAUAUCGACCACAAAAUAGAGGUGCGAGCCUUAGGACGCACGCCUUGCCCCCCUAGUUCCUGCAAAUGUUUAAUAUCGUUUUCCCUCGUUUCGUUCCGCCCCGAUGCGAAGUAG